GUUUAGGGGUUUCACGGGUGUGAGCGCGUGCGCAGGGGAAGCCUGAGCUCACGCACUGCAAGCGAGACGAGGAGGGCGCGUGCGCGUAAGGAGAGGCUGUUAAGUAGGGCCCUCGGGGCGCGCCCCCAAUGGAGCAUAGGGGCCAGGAGCAGUUAUACACUGUGCACUGACGGCCCUUCGUCCCGCAGGCAUUUAUUGAGCGCCCACUGUAUGUCAGGCACUGCGCUGGAUGUUGCUACUUAAGCGAGAACGACACAUGCAACCUAGCAGGGAAGUCCUGAUCGCCAAGGAGCGGGUCUCUUUGGCCUGCCACGGUCUCCACCACGCCUAACACGCCGCCCGGCACGUAAAUGUGGAUCGACUGAAGGAGGGAAGACGGGCUGAUGCCUGCCCUCCAGUGUUGGGCUGACCGGAGGCCAGGCGGUGACGCUGCGGGGAGAGGAACAGCCGGCGGGGCCGGUAGAGGGCGCCGUGGGAGCGCCCGGAGUCGCGGGAGCGAGUGGGGCGCGCACCUUCCCGCAGGCCCCGCAGAUGGCGACGCCGGGCGCUGGACCCGGGCCCGGGCCGGGGCCAUCCCCGGGGCUGGAGGCAGCGCUACAGAAGCUCGUGCUGCGGCGGAAGAAAGUGCUGAGUGCCGAGGAGAUGGAGCUGUACGAGCUGGCGCAGGCGGCGGGCGGCGCCAUGGAUCCCGACGUGUUCAAGAUCCUGGUGGACCUGCUGAAGCUGAACGUCGCGCCCCUCGCAGUCUUCCAGAUGCUCAAAUCCAUGUGUGCCGGGCAGAGGCUGGCGAGCGAGCCCCAGGAUCCUGCUGCAGUGUCCCUGCCUACAUCGAGCGUGCCUGAGACCCGAGAGGCCUCCUUUCUCUUUGCCAAGAACUGUAGCCCCCCUGCAAGGGCCUCCUUUUCCUCAGCCCUGCGGCCUGCGGCCUCUCCGGUUCUGCACCACAGCCCAGCUGCCACGCACUCGCCUCUCUCUCCGGGGCCCCCCGGUUCCCUCCGGUUCUCUUGCUGCCUGUUCUCUCCUUUUGCAGGGAGAAACAAAAGCAGCACUGCUCUUGGUGGAGGCCCCACUCUGGCAGAACGAAGCUGCCGGGAAGGAUCCAGCCAGAGGAUGCCCCGACAGCCCAGUGCUACCAGGCUGCCCAAGGGGGCAGGGCCUGGGAAGAGCCCCACUCGGAGCAGUACCUGAGCCAAGCAGACCACCUGCUAUGGGCCCCACCAGCCUCCUAGCAGAGGUUAUGCAUGAAUUCCCCCAGUUGGUAAUAAACCUUUUUUUAAAAAUU